AUGGCAACACACUGCAAAUUCUGGCUUUCCAAGAAGAGGAGAUUUUGUGCUAAUUCCCCUCUCCUCGAUUCUCCAUUCUGCGGGAACCACACCCAGAGAUCCGACUCCCUGUGGAUUCCAUGCCCAAUCGAUCCUUCUCACUCCGUGCUCGAGGAAAAUCUCGAGACUCACUUAAACCGAUGCCCGUUGCUGAAACAGACACAAUCCCUCUCUCGCCAACCCUUCUAUCAAAAGGUGAUUAAUGCGGGAUCAGACGAUGAUGAAGAGAAAUCGAAAUGUGAUUCGAGUUUCACAUCGGAGAUGAAAAGGAAUGCCGUCUAUUCAAUGGCUGUGCCCUAUUUUUUGGAUUUGAUUGCUAAAAUCAAGUCUGUACAUGCAUCAGUAUGCAGCACCAUUCCUGAUUCUUACAGGAUUCCUGAAGCUUGUAGCAUUUGGACUAAUAGAGAAGUUGACAAGAAACUCCCUUAUAAGGAGAAACAUGUGCUGCAACAGGCAUCAAUUCUUGGGAAUUUAGAAAAUUUUGAGGUUUUGAAGGAGACUUGCUUGAUUUCUGGUGAAAUGAGUGAGGAAAAGGAUUGUAAGAAAGAGUUUGAGAGGGAGAGGGAGAGGGAUAGUGAUGGUCCUGCUGUGGUUGAGUUUGGUGCCGGAAGGGGGUAUUUGACACAAGUUCUAGCAGAUUGUUAUGGGAUCAAGAAGGUGUUGUUGGUGGAACGGAAGUCCUAUAAGUUGAAAAAAGAGAGUUUAGUGUUGGAGAGGUUGAGAAUCGACAGACCGAAAAGAAAGAUUUCUUGCUCGACUCAGAAUCAUGCAAAGUCGAAGAUAUAGUGAAAAAUAUGCAGGCCAUUGAUCGGGCAGUGCUCGGCUACAUGUGCAAGGAUAUCAUUGAUGCUGCAAGACUUAUGUGGGUGAAGGAGCAAGGUCUAAAAUGCGAGCUUGUGAAGUAUGUCCCCAUCACCAUUUCUCCUGAAAACCGCGUCUUGAUGGCCAAGUAGAGUAUCUAUACAUGGCUUUGGCUUUGAUGUUCGACCGUUUAUCGUCUGAUUAUAAACCGGUUUCACUCUGCCUAUUCCAUCUAUGUAUGUUCUUUCACUGCCUACCUUUUAGCCUCAACUUUGUUUAGAAGAUUGAGUAACUAUCAACCAGGCUAAUUGUUGUGCAUUAAUCAUUAUCUUGUCCGAAAAUGCUAAACUCCAGAAAGCAAAAAAGAGACAAAUACAUUAUCCAUUUCAUACCCCGGCAA